GAUUAUUGUGAACUUCACAAGUGUUUUGCCCCACCCCCUCUGAAACCAAGCCCCUUUUUGUUCCCUAUCAAGUUGUGACACAUUCUCCCCUUGGUUAUUGUGGGAGACCCCGCUGAACUCUGAACAUCUACAGACUCCUGCUCCUGUCCUCUGUGGCCCUGGGUGAUCGGACAGGUGGGUGGCCCACUGUCACCCUCUGCGCCCUACGGGUGAGUGGGGCACAGCAAAAUGGCUGCCCUUGCCAGCUCGCUGAUCCGGCAGCGCAGGGAAGUCAAGGACCCCCAGGCCAACCGGCAGAUUUCCACCAAACGCAAGCCUUGCCCCAAGAGCAACAAGUCGCUCUGCGAGAAACAGAUCCUUAUCCUCAUCUCCAAAGUCCGGCUUUGCGGCAGUCGAGGACGAAAACUAGAUAAAAGACCAGAGCCUCAGCUGAAAGGUAUUGUCACACGUCUGUAUUGUCGGCAUGGCUUCUACCUGCAGAUGUUACUCGAUGGCACCUUGGACGGUACAAAGGACGAAAACAGCUCCUUUUUGCUGUUCAACUUGAUUCCUGUGGGUCUGAGGAUAGUCGCCAUCCAAAGCACCAAGACAGGACUCUACAUAGGCAUGAAUAGCGAGGGCUACCUCUACACAUCAGAACAUUUCACGCCAGAGUGCAAGUUUAAGGAGUGUGUGUUUGAGAACUAUUAUGUGACAUACUCCUCAAUCUUGUACCGCCAAACGCAGUCGGGUCGAGCCUGGUACAUUGGCAUUAACCGGGAUGGACAGGUCAUGAAAGGAAAUCGGGUCAAAAAGACUAAAGGAGCAGCCCACUUUCUGCCCAAGCUUAUAGAGGUUGCCAUGUACAGGGAACCAUCACUACAUGAUGUUGCUGAGCAAAGCCCACCUAGAAAAACGGCCAAAACGUCAGACUCCCCCGUGCAUAAAAACGGCAAGAAAGACCAAGUGCUUCCCAUCCCCACAGCCUCCUAGCAGCAGUAGAAGAAACAUUUUGUUUGCACGGACACACAAUGAACGCCAACAGCAGCACAGGAGGAUUGGUACAAAUAAUGUUUGUAGUCCCUCCACCAACCCUCAGAACUUUGAAAUUUCCAACCAUGCAUCAGGGCUCAGAAGACCCUUGCCAACAGGUCUAAUGCCCACCGCACUUCCUUUUGGACUCUCCUUCUCCUUAAUCAAAGGAAAACUGAGCAAUAACAAGCGCACUGGUCUGGGGUCAGAGUGUGACAGCGUCGCUUUUGUGAGAACAGCAGCACCUAAUAGAAAGGAUCUUUGUCUUCCUCUCCUUUUUUAGUAUUUCAAGCAGAAUCACUUCUUCUUGUGAAGCAAUUUGUGCUUGACAUUUAAAUCCUCCAUUUCCUUUGUUCAAGCAUUCAUUGAUUCCACAA